UCGCUGGCUCUGGCAGAUGGGUGUGGGCUCUUCUGGGCCUUCUUUCGGCUGUGGCCUGCAAGGAGGUUUGUCUCUUCUCGAGAUCACGAUGGUCGGUCUUCCAAUUUCAUUCUUCCACAGCAGCCGUCGGUUUUCCGGAAUGGAAGAUUAAAGUUAGUUUUGGAAGCUCUGGAAACCAGUUGCGACGGCAAAAGCGUGGAGUAUUUCCGCAGGGUUUCCAGUGAGGGAUCACUGUACACCUUUCGGGUGGUUAAGCUGGCACCUGCCUUCACCAUUGACAUCGCUCUUCGGGUGCAGAAGACGAAGCGGCUGAUGUACAAGCUGGACAACUUGGAUGGCUGCAAGUUCCUCGAGAAUCCGCUGGUGAACAAGGUACUUGGGUAUGUCUACAAGCGGCUGAUUGUCAACGGCCGCUUCUUCAAAUGCCCCAUCCAGCCGGGUGUUUACUUCCUGAAGAACGAGGGCACAGUGGAAAUCCUGCCCAGCUUUCAUCCCACGGGACGCUACCAGCUGACAGUGCGGCUCAAGAUGCCCAACAGUCGGGGCCCGUUUGUGAUGCAAAUGCUCUGGAUAUACAACAUUGUGCGCAUCAAAUAAAACCUGGCCACACGAGCAGU